CUCUCUCCAGAGCGUGCACGCACGGGUUUAUCCCCACCUCUCAAUGUAUUUCCAGCGUCUGCCAGACUUGUACAGACACCGCGUCGGAUUGGAGUACAGAUGGAGAUCUUACUGAUGUCUGAAGUCACCGGCGCACCCGAGCCGCGCGAAAGCACGCAAGUCAACUAUGAUACGCGCGAGACACUGGCAUGUGUCAGGAGUGCCAAGCUGUGCGCUGACGGGGAACAUUGACGAACCGGCUGAGAAAGAGGUUUGUUUGGAUAUCACAGGAAAAGCUGCCCGUGGAAAUGAGUCCUGAAGAGAAACCAAAGAGGCACUUUACUACUGUGUGUCUACGGAGAGAGAAGUGCAGACUUUCUGUUUUCUCUACGAGAAAAGGAAACUUAAAUGACUUCUGAACAUAAAGCUCGCCUCUGAUCUGAAUGAUAUCAUGGCUUCUCCUCAACAUCAACAUCUGCUGUUUCACAACAGCGAAGUAAGCUGCGACUCAAGCGGCGAUGGUGCUGUGUCUGUGCGGAUCAGCGGCACCAAGCCGCACAAACAGCAGCGUGGGAGUCUGGGCGCCAGCGCCAUGUGCAGCAUCAUCGGGGGCUCCAAACAUUGCAAGUACAGCAUCUCCUCCAGCUGUAGCUCAGGCGAAACUGCCAUCCGCAAAGCAGUGGUCAAAGGCCUCCGGACUCAAAGGAAGAUGCCGCAGCUGUUUGAGAGGUCGGUUGGACACUUCUGGAACCCCAAGUUUGACUCCAACAUUCUGGAGGAAGCCUGCCGCGAGCGUUGCUUCCCUCAGACGCAAAGACGUUUCCGCUGUGUGUUGUUGUACUUGGUGGCAGCCAGCCUCCUCUGGGGGCUGUUCUUCAUCGCUAAUGCUAAUCGAUGUGAACGGACUGCCUUCUUAUUGCCCACGGCCUCCUUCCUACUCCUUUGUUCUGUCCUGUUUGUCUUCACGUUCACCCGGUUCUACGUCCACUGCUACAAUCAAGCCUCACUGUUGCUCAUCGUGGUGACAUUUGCCCUCACUCUUGCACCUCAGAUCCAGACUCCAGGAUUUAGUGACUUUAAUGUUCCUCCUUUGAAGGAUGAAGAGGACACAGGCAACUUCAAUGGCACUGAGGAUAAAAACCUGACGUCUGAAGUUGCCCACAGUGGAGGUCCAUUAGCCCCUUGUUUGUCCCCAGUUGGCACCUUCUCUCUAGGCAUGGAGGUGCUUUCGUUGCUCUACAGUUUCCUCCACGUCCGUUUGUACGCGUCGCUCCUGCUCGGCCUGCUCUACUCAGUGCUUUUUGAGACGCUUGGCUGGAUGCACUUGAUUCAAGGCAAUGGUUGGAGAAACUCCACCGAGGAACAUUUGGAAACGCUCUACUGGCUGAUCCCUGGAAGAGCCAUUUUGCAUCUCUGCGCCCAC